CUCCUAUAUCGGGCCCAUCAAUUGGGCGGCUAGGAUCAAUUUAACGAGCACGGAACGCCACAUGUAGGGCAACACAUAACUUCGCAGCAUAGUAUCAUCAUCGUCGUCGUCGUCGUCAUCAUACCAUGAGCGUUUCAUGCCCCCAUCAAUGUGGGCUUCUGCAAGCAACGGGCUUCGGAUUCUACGGUCUUGCGCUUCCCUCUCUCCUAUAACCGUUACCACUGCAACUACUGCUUCGUUUCUCUUGACUGGUUCUACUCCACCAGCUUUAAUGGAGAAGACCAACAAUGCUUCUUUCUCUGCCUCUGCUUUCCCUAGAAGGAGUGGUGGUGGUGGUGGUGGAAGAGGUAGGGGCUCGGAAAGGAGAGAAGAUCGGCAUGGACCAAGAGGCGGAGGAGGGCCCGCUAAAGAUAAAAUCGACGCUCUCGGGAGACUCAUGACCCGCAUUUUGCGCCAUAUGGCUUCAGAGUUGAACUUAGAGAUUCGUAGUGAUGGGUAUGUGAAGGUGCAUGAUAUCUUGAAGUUGAAUAUGAAAACGUUUGCUGGUAUUCCUCUAAGAUCACACACGGUUGAUGAUAUUCGAGAGGCAGUCAGUAAAGAUAACAAGCAACGGUUUAGCCUCAUGGAAGAAAAUGGGGAGCUGUUUAUACGUGCAAACCAAGGGCACACAAUAGAGACUAUUGAAUCUGAAAGCUUACUGAAGCCAAUUCUUUCAGCUCAGGAGGUUCCAGUUUGUGUACAUGGAACCUAUAAGAAGAAUCUGGAAUCGAUUUUGCAGUCUGGUCUCAAACGUAUGAACAGGUUGCACAUUCACUUCUCAAGUGGCUUGCCAAUGGAUGGGGAUGUAAUCAGUGGUAUGCGGCGGGAUGUUAAUAUGUUGAUCUUCCUAGAUGUCAAAAAGGCCUUGCAGGAUGGAAUGAAGCUCUAUAUUUCAGACAACAAAGUGAUAUUGACUGAAGGCUUUGAUGGUGUUGUACCCAUCAAAUACUUUGAAAAGAUAGAAUCAUGGCCAAACAGACAACCCAUACCUCUUUAAAAUUGUAUCAGAAUGAAUUUUCUGUGUGUGAAUCCUUGCUAAACCAUGUACAUAUUUUUAUUUUCCUUUUUUCCAAUCUAGGCUAACUGAGAAAGAAGUUUUGGAUUUGGUGGCUAGUGCAACUACAACCGGACCAUGGCCCCCUACAUCGGAAGGUUU